GUCACUACGGGAGGAGACUCGGGCCGUGCUCCCGCCUCGGCGUUACCACCCUCCCGCCCCCAUCUUCCUGGCGCCUUGAGCACCCUCGCCCGUGGCCCCAGCUGAGGGGCCUGCCUAUCUGCCAGACUCGCACCAAAACUUGUCCGCCUUGGGCUUAGGAUCCUUCAUUCUAGGAACUUCUCUGGAGCGGGUGGACCAGGAGCUAGCAGCCCCCCUCCCUCCCCCGCGCCCCGCCUCCCUCUCCUGCCUUCUUUUUUUUGGGGGGGAGGAGCUCUCCGCGAUCUGGAGAGUUCCCGAGGGUCACCCGCCGCCGCAUUGCGCUCGCUUUUCCGUCUCGCCUUCACCUGGAUAUAAUUUGCGAGCGAAGCUGCCCCCAGGAUGACCACGCUGGCCGGCGCUGUGCCCAGGAUGAUGCGGCCCGGCCCGGGGCAGAAUUACCCACGCAGCGGCUUCCCGCUGGAAGUGUCCACCCCCCUCGGCCAGGGCCGGGUCAACCAGCUCGGAGGAGUAUUUAUCAACGGCAGGCCUCUGCCCAACCAUAUUCGCCACAAGAUCGUGGAGAUGGCCCACCAUGGUAUUCGGCCUUGCGUCAUCUCUCGCCAGCUGCGCGUGUCCCACGGUUGCGUCUCUAAGAUCCUGUGCAGGUACCAGGAGACAGGCUCCAUCCGCCCUGGUGCCAUUGGAGGCAGCAAGCCCAAGCAGGUGACGACGCCUGACGUGGAGAAGAAAAUUGAGGAAUACAAAAGAGAGAAUCCGGGCAUGUUCAGCUGGGAAAUUCGAGACAAAUUACUCAAGGACGCUGUCUGUGAUCGGAACACCGUGCCCUCAGUGAGUUCCAUCAGCCGAAUCCUGAGGAGUAAAUUUGGAAAAGGAGAAGAGGAGGAGGCGGAUCUAGAGAGGAAGGAAGCCGAGGAAAGCGAGAAAAAGGCAAAACACAGCAUUGACGGCAUCCUGAGCGAGCGAGCCUCAGCGCCGCAGUCCGACGAAGGCUCCGACAUUGACUCUGAACCUGACCUGCCGUUGAAGAGGAAGCAGCGCAGGAGUAGAACCACCUUCACCGCGGAGCAGCUGGAGGAACUGGAGCGCGCUUUCGAGAGAACCCACUACCCAGACAUCUACACCAGGGAGGAGCUGGCCCAGAGGGCAAAGCUUACCGAGGCCCGAGUGCAGGUCUGGUUCAGCAACCGCCGUGCAAGAUGGAGGAAGCAAGCUGGGGCCAAUCAACUGAUGGCUUUCAACCACCUCAUUCCAGGGGGAUUCCCUCCCACCGCCAUGCCGACCCUGCCGACAUACCAGCUGUCGGAGACCUCUUACCAGCCCACGUCUAUUCCGCAAGCCGUGUCCGAUCCCAGCAGCACCGUUCACAGACCUCAACCGCUUCCACCGAGCACCGUACACCAAAGCACUAUUCCUUCGAACCCAGACAGCAGCUCUGCCUACUGCCUCCCCAGCACCAGGCAUGGAUUUUCAAGCUAUACAGACAGCUUUGUGCCUCCGUCGGGGCCCUCCAACCCCAUGAACCCCGCCAUUGGCAAUGGCCUUUCACCUCAGGUCAUGGGACUUCUGACCAACCACGGUGGGGUACCGCACCAGCCUCAGACCGACUACGCUCUCUCCCCUCUCACUGGGGGACUGGAGCCCACGACCACGGUGUCAGCCAGCUGCAGUCAGAGACUGGAACAUAUGAAGAAUGUGGACAGCCUGCCCACUUCUCAGCCCUACUGCCCUCCCACCUACAGCUCCACAGGCUACAGCAUGGACCCUGUCACAGGCUACCAGUACGGGCAGUAUGGACAAAGUGCCUUUCAUUAUCUCAAGCCAGAUAUUGCGUAAGUGAACUGUCCACUUGGAGCUAAACUGGCCCUGUUUCCGGCCUCCACAGACUAGACAUGAAGAAUCUUCUCAGAAAAACAAAAAACAAAAAAACCAAACAAAAAUAAAUAAAUAAAAUAAAAUUUAAAAAAAGUCAGCCUUUGGGGGAGGUGGAGACAAAAGAGAUUGAUUUUCUUUCUCCAGUAGUUGGUUUCAGAUUCUUUGAACAUAGUGGACAAAAAGCAGUGGAGUUGAGGAAGACCCACAGCUACAAAAUGCACCAGUUAAAGGCAGCGACAUAAGCUGGCUGCACGUCAAAAUGUUCCCAACUCUCAGUUUUGAUCAAGACACUAAAACAUUCCAUUUGUGUGUGUGUGUGUGUGUGUGUGAGAGAGAGAGAGAGAGAGAGAGAGAGAGAGAGAGACAGAGAGAGAGACAGAGACAGAGACAGAGAGACAGAGAGAGAGAGAGAGAGAGAGAGAGAGAGAGAGAGACAUGGACUGGUCUGAGCAAGCAGAAUGUUCCCAUAUAUCACAGUUGAAUUCUUGAAAUCAAACAGGUUUGAUGUCCAAGGCUGACCAAGUUUAUCACAUUCACAACUGCUUACAUCACGAAUCAGGAAUGGAGGAAUCUUUGACUUUGGCACACUGGAAACUGAUAGGAAAACCAACACCACCUUUUUAUAGGGAGCUAGACUAGAUGUGAAGGAUCUCCCCAAUAAAUUAUUACCACACCCUCAUUUGUAAUCUAGUUGUCAAUCAAUGUCCCAUAAAAGGAUGUGGGAUAAUGAGGAAAAUCGUGUUUUCUGCUGUGGGGAUAGAUGGAUGGCGUUUCAUUCAUACCCAAGACACAUUCGUUUGGAAGCCAGUCUGAGUGGGGGGAAGGGCAUGAUGGAGAAGAGGUGACACCAGUCACAUAUCUGCUUCUCAGCGUGCAAUACUGUGUACCUCACAGCUGCUUUGGCACUGGCCAAGGUGAGAGAAAUGAAAUCAGAACUAUAUUUUUGCAGGUGUUCUUAUUUUUGCAGCCCGUAACUCAUCAUGGUAGAAUGCAGCGAUGUUGGCUCUUUGCCAAACCACCAAUGCCCCGACCUGCUUGCUCCUUUUGCCCAGAGAUCAUGUCCGAGAAUUAUGCUUUCUACAGUGACGCCGUUUACACUCGUCCCUUAUCUACGAAAGGCAGGGCAAGAACAGAAAUGUCCACGUGGCUCUCGUGUACUUUUAAAUUAUACAAUGACACCCAAUAUUAAAGGAUGAUCGGGAACAGAGGUUUACAUACAUUUUUGUGGUGACAUUUAGGAUGUCAAUAAAUCUGUGUUUUGAAAUGUUAAGAGGAAGAAGGUGGGAGGUGCUGUUAUUUAUUUCUUUCUGUUCCUGGAACCAUGAAUGAGGUAGGCACCAAUACAUUCCCUUUAGACUUAAGAACAAUGAGGUAGUUCAUUAGUGGGACUAGACAUAGAACUGAGUUAUUUUAUAUGUUGGGCAAGUGUGAUGGAACAGGAGACGUAGUAUCUUUGUGUUGCAGCCUCAACCAACAAUGAUGUGUUGUAAAAAUGUCUUUCAUGUAAAAAGU